AUGUCGGAGUCUGUGAACGAGGGAGCCUCGAGCUCUUCUCAACAAGACUGUUUCAUUGAAUGUGCAGACAUUAGUGGAGUUAUCGCCGUAAAUGAAGCUUAUAUGGAAGUUCUCAAAUCAAUUAUUGAUAGUAUGGAAGGAUUGCUACGAGAAAAUCUCGAAAAACAGCGACUUCUCAAAGAAGAAAUGCAAAAUAUGUCAACAUGUGAGUCCUCCAAGAGAAAAGUUCCGGUCCAUCAGUACAUGCCGCCAUAUUUUAAGGAUGAAAAUGGGAUGUGUCCCCCUUUAAGUGCUGAAGGUCGUUUGAAACUCGAAAUGAACAUAUUUGAUCCACUAAUGAAAGAGGAAAAGAAAUGGACUCCGGCGGAAUUGAAAACAUUGCGGGAAGCUGUUCGCGAAUCUUUAAUAUCGAUCAUGGUUCAACCAUUCGUUUCGAAAAGAGAUGUCCUUGUGUCUAAACUGAAGGCCGCCAAUAUGAAUACUACAAAUGCGGAACGAGCUCAAUGGACCCAUGAAUUGGAAGAAACUAUUCGAAAAAUCAAUUAUCUGAGGGAAAGGAGAGAAGAAGAAGUGAUCACGCCAUCAGCGGAUUAUUCAAAAGUUGCUUGGAAUGAGAUCGCCAACGUAAAUUUUAAAGGAACUCGAACUGAAUGGGCGGUUCGGACAAAAUGGUUGAAUGAAAUGAGCCCGAAAUGGAAUAAAGGUCCAUGGACCGUUGCUGAAGUCGAGAGACUCCGAGAACUCCGCGAAAGCCCUCGUUUCGUUUCGUGGCCGAUGUUAGCAAUGGCGCUUGACACAAGGAGAACGCCAUUCCAAUGCUUGGAAAAGUACAAAUCGGAAGUGGCGCUUCAGAGCAAAGAGUGGACUCAAGAAGAAGAUCAGAAGCUUAUUACACUUACUUCAUUGUUGUCGAAAAAUGGCAAUAUUCAAUGGGACAAAGUUGCGCAAUUCAUGCCCGGUCGAACUCGGCAGCAAGUAAGAACCCGAUUUUCUCAUACUUUGGACACCGAUGUCAAACAUGGAAGAUGGACGGAUCAGGAGGAUCUGCUUCUGAUAUGUUCUGUCAGCCGUCAUGGUGCCAGGGAUUGGUCAAAAGUGGCUCAGGCCGUACCAGGAAGAAACGAUUCGCAAUGUCGUGAACGAUGGUGCAAUGUGCUGAAUCGACCGGCGAAUAUAAGCGAGAUAUUCACGUUUGCCGAAGACGAGAAGCUGUUGUACACGAUCAAAGUCUUCGGAAAAGGAAAUUGGACGAAAUGUGCGCAGUUUUUCAAGAAAAAGACGCCGAAACAGUUGCGAAGACGCUAUAUACAAUUGAUUGCGGCGAAGUUGAAGACGGUUGCUGGUUAUUGUUCGGCGGCUGAGGCAAUGGGCAACCAACCUGUUGAGCCGACGUCGAACGAAGACGAAUUUGUGGCGAAUGAGAAGAUGAACAAAGUGUUCUCGAUGUAUGCUGAAUACGCCGAUUGUACGGAUUCUAGUGCUGAAGAGCUGAUGAAGCGCGUUCGCGAUAAAUAUACGCCGCGGCGAUAUUCGCAAUUCAAAAACUCGCCGAAUUGGCCGGAAAUUGAGAAGCAGUUGAAGAAUAUGGUUGAAACCGAGAAUAUGAGAGAGUUUGAUGUCGAGAAACGCGCGAAUGAUGUCCUCAAAAUGCUUAGCAUUACUGAUUUGGAUGUUCGCCAUAUGGUUGCUGUAAGUCGCCGACAUUUAAGAUAUACUCGAGCUGGAAGGACUAGUUGGAAUGUGGACUCGAUUACGAAUCGUAUACGACCUACGAAGCACAAAAUCGAGAUUACUGUGCCGACGAUGUUCCAAAAAGAAGUACCCGAAAGCGAGCGACAGAUGUGUUUGAUUGAAGCCCUCUGCCAAGCGGUUCGCAGACACGAUCACAUCACGUGGGGAAGAGAUUAUUACAGUACUUUCCAGUGUACUUCUUUUCCCACCAUCAAAGUCUACCUAAAUAGGAUGCUUACCGACGAAGUUGACAAUGUCGCCAAUCACAUUUUGGAGGAAUCGAAUAGUCCGAUGCCCGUCAAAUCAACACUUGCCCCAGUUCUGCCUACUGUUUUGGGUCUCGACGCGCUUAAUAUGACUCGAGCGCAACUUCAGCAAAUCGCUUCGAAACACUUCUUGCCACUUGACGUCAGCAUUGAGACACGAAAUCGAUUCCAGGAGGAGGAUCGUCUCAGUAUAAAUGCGAAUCAACGAUUGAAUAUUCAAUUGUCGUCGGAAAUCACGAAGUCGAGAGAAUAUGCAACAUUUUAUGCUAAAAUGCGCGCGCUUUUCUUGGAACCGUGCCGACUGAAAAUUGCGAAAGAAACGCCGAAUGAGGAACGAUUGCGCCUUCAGAGAGAAUUAUUGAUACAAGCGCGCAAUGUUGAAGAGGAAUGCGGCACGAUUCCGAAAAAAACGAAUGCGUUCAAGGAAUGUGUUGAUUUGCCGGAAAUUGAACCCAUUUUGAAGGAUGGAAUUCGAAUCGACACCCGCGCGCUUCGACAAAUCGCGAAUGCCAAACUGGACUCGACGCAAUAUUUGACGGAAACCAUCAAUGGAGUUGUCGAAAAAGCACGAAAAGCGUGCUCGCAGCCGAAAAUUGAAGAAGCAGCUGCCAUCGAGCCGCCCAGCAAAAAAAUCAAGCGGGACAACGCGGCGGAUUCGGAAGGAGAGCUCGAGGAUUUCGAGAAUAUGAGCUCAUCGUCGUCGUCGUCUUCUGGCGAGGACGAUGAUGAUGAGUAUGUUCCCAGAUGA